CGAACAGACGUCAGAUGGAGAACAGCAAUGUCUACUCACAGACGCACCACCAAAACUACACCUAUGAACGUGACAGAGCCUAUGCCCAAAGAACUCGCCUAGACUACGAGCUCACCGUACGCCAGGAGCCCAAGCAGGCACGCAUGUGCGGCGUAGGUUCCGACAGACGUCCAAUCGACCCCCCUCCGAUCGUCCAGCUCCGUGUCAUAGACCCCCAGACUCGACAGCCACCAGCAGCGAACCCAGAUCUAGACGACUCUGACCCCAACUAUGCCCACUCCUUCCUUCAGAAUCCAUACUACUUCAUGUUCGCAAGUCUAGCAAAGCCCGAUGACGACGCAGAGCUACAUUGGCUCAAGGAUGGAAAAACACGUUGCACCACCGGUUCUGUCGUCUCUUCCCUCUAUCACCUCAAGGAUACCGAAAACCACAAUGAAGACGCUGGCUUCUUCGUCUUCCCGGACCUCAGCGUCCGCACAGAGGGAAGUUACCGCCUCAAAUUAAGCCUUUUCGAGGUUGUGGGGAAUAGCGUUCGGCAUUGCAAAUCAAUCUACUCGGCGCCGUUCUAUGUAUACACAGCGAAAAAGUUUCCUGGCAUGGAAGAAUCUACCCCACUAUCAUGCUCCCUAGCAGACCAAGGCAUCAAGAUCCGCAUUCGCAAGGACAUCCGCGUCCGCAAGAGGCCCCUCGCCGCACUCACUGCACCCAUCGACCACGACGAUGGCAACAGUCGAGACAGCAGUCAGCACGGGAACCCCGGUUCCAAAAAGCGGGCACGCAAUCGCGAGUUCAGCCAUGGUGGGGACACGACACCAACACCAACCAGCGCGGUUUCCCUCGCCGGUCUCCCGGCUUGGCCUACGACGUCACUUGACCCUAUGCUAAAUGUUGCCAGCGCACCCGGCGGCAUCGAGCUUCCUCCACCUUCUGUUCCUGGCGCUCUGGGCGCCGUGCCCGGAGCAGGCCAUAUUCCUCCUCCACCGGGAGUCUCUUACGAAAGUUCUCGAAGUGCUCCGCCAUCGUCUUUCGACAAUGGGGCGAGAUCACUACCAUCGAUGGCACCAUCUACGCUCCCACCGCCCGGCCACUCCUCUCUCGUGUCUCCACAGAGCAUGCACCCGCCCCCAACAGCUCAUGCGGAGCCCCCUACCUCCACUAGUAUCCCCCCGCCUUCAGGUGCUGCCUAUGAAGGGUCGAGGGCAGGCCCCCAUGACAGCCGUUCGUCAUUUGACAAUACCCGUCCCCACUACGAUCAGGGUCAACGUGUUUCCAUAUCUUCGUACGAGCAGCAGACACCUGCCCAACGCCCCCCCUACGAGUCUCAGCGCACAUCCUCGUUUAGCACUUAUGAUUCCCUUCCGCCUAUCCAGGCUGGUUCCUACGGUCGCGGCAGCUACGCGGCUCCGCCGGCGCAGCAUACCCAAUCAAGUUAUACCGAGCAACACAAUUCGUCACCCCCUCAGCAAUAUUCCCAAACUCAGCACUCGGAACCUCAGGCAAUUCAUCAGCACGUCCCUCAGUAUUCCGCGCAGCCGCGGGGACAGGCUCAGUCCCAGUAUGGGAGCCCUCAUUCGUAUGCGCCUCCUUCGACCUACUCUCAGGCGCCAUCAAGGUAUGAAUACCCCUCGAACCAACCGCCGUACAGCAGCGGAGCCUCCACCGUCGGGUACUAUGACCAGCCCACUUCGGCACACCCUUCUCACCGAUCUGCG